AGAAGAACUAACCCUCGCGACACCUCGGACCUGCAGACGCGCUGGUUUCAGAAACUGGUUCCGUCACAACCACAGCGUCAAUAAACAGCGUAGACUGGUUUCCAGCUGUGGGGAUGUGUCGUUAGCUCGGCCCAGUUCGGCCCGGCUCGGUUUUUUAAACAACCACCGAAGAAGUUCUUCAAACUACCCACGGACCCGGAGGGAGUCAAGUUUGAUCUGAGCGUGAUGUCAUCCUCUGUGGGCGUGGCCAGCCCCUGGGGAGCAGAGUCUGAGGAAGAGGAGCAGUGGGACACAGAUGAAGGUGGACACGAGACUCCUCCUCCUCUGGGUCCACUACAGCAGGUCGGGGGGGUUCAGCUCCGGGACUCAGAGGACGAGAGAUGGAGGACGAGCGUCAGAUUGAAUCAGGGACGAAGAAGCAGACAACGCUGGUCGGUGGAGAAGGUGACGCAGCGCUUCCUCCAGAUGUUCCUGACGGUUCCUGACGGCGUGCUGGACCUCCGUCAGGUGAGGACGAGUCUGCGUCCCCACAUGCAGCGCGUCAACGACAUCACCAGCAUCCUGCAGAGCGUCCAGCUGGUGGAGAGGCGCUCCACCCACGUGGUCAAGUGGAUAGGAGGAAGUCCCGUCAGCAGCUUCCUGUCGAGGAACCAGCAGAAGCUCCAGAGGGAGGUGGAGAACCUGAAGGUGGUGGAGGAGACGCUGGACUCGCUCAUCAAGAGCUGCAGCCAGCAGCUCUUCAUCAUGACGGACGACCAGGAGAGUUCACCGAUGGCGUACGUGACGCUCGGCGACCUCAGUCGACUCCGGGUCUUCCAGGAGCAGACGGUGCUCGUGGUCAAAGCUCCGGACGAAACCACGCUGAGCGUUCCAGCUCCGUCCGAGGACAGCAUCCGAGUCCAUCUGAAGGGGGCGGCGCCCAUCGUGGUGCUGACCAGUGACGUGACCGGAGGAAAGAGCGUCAGCUUCAUCACGCUGGAGGAAAGUCGAGUGACAACGACCGAUCUGCACACAGAGUCUCAGAGUCCACAGAGUGCCGUGCGGAGAGCAACCAGCUGACCACCAGGGGGCGCCAGUUCUGCUCCUGAUAUGAACGUGUGCAGGUGUCAGCUGGACGUGUGUUCCUCUGACAGACACUGACCAACAUCAGGGUUCACACGUGGUUCCAACACGGAGGAGACAUGUUCCUGCUCCGUGUUCUGAGAUCUACACACAUCAGUUUUUAUUUUUCUAUUAUACUUUGAAUCAUCGACUGAAGAAUCCUUUGUCUUCUUUGUGUUUGUUUGAGUUGAAAAAACAUUUUAUAUCCAAAUCAGACCUGGAAUCAGUGAAAUGAACCGUUCUGAUGAUAAGAGACUGAGUGUUAGAUGUUAAACAGUCUUAAUGAACUCACUUUUAAAUACUUUAAAGUUUUUAACUGUUAACGUUCACUCGAUGUUUCUGCUGUCGCACUUUAAAAUGAGCGCUUUAUUUAAAGGGAGAUGUUGUGUCAUCAUGUGGAGUUUGUGUAGUUUCUGUGUGUGUUGUAGUCCUUCUCUGUGACACAGAUAUCAACACUAAUAAACUACAA